AUGAUCGGGGACCCCAAGGAGGAUCCCCCCCCUCCUCCUCUAACCUCAUCCGUUUAUUUAUUUUUCUUUUUCUUUUUAAAUUUUUUCCCUGCAGAAAACACAACCAACAACUCCACGGGCCAGUCGCGGGCCGUCAUCGCGGCGGCCGCCCGGCGGCGGGACAACAGCCACAACGAGGAUUACUACGAGGAGGCCGAGCACGAGCGCAGGGUGCGGAAACGCCGCGCCAGGCUGGUGGUGGCGGUGGAAGAAGCCUUCACCCACAUCAAGCGGUUGCAGGAAGAGGACCAGAAGAACCCCCGGGAGAUCAUGGACCCGCGGGAGGCGGCUCAGGCCAUCUUCGCCUCCAUGGCCCGGGCCAUGCAGAAGUACCUACGUACCACCAAGCAGCAGCCCUACCACACCAUGGAGAGCAUCCUGCAGCACCUCGAGUUCUGCAUCACCCACGACAUGACGCCCAAGGCCUUCCUUGAGAGGUACCUGACGGCUGGUCCCACCAUCCAGUACCACAAGGACCGCUGGUUGGCCAAGCAGUGGACGCUGGUCAGCGAGGAGCCGGUGACCAACGGCUUGAAAGACGGGGUGGUCUUUGUCCUGAAGCGCCAGGACUUCAGCCUGGUGGUGAGCACCAAGAAGAUCCCUUUCUUCAAGCUCUCGGAGGAGUUCGUGGACCCCAAGUCGCACAAGUUCGUCAUGAGGUUGCAGUCGGAGACCUCCGUGUGAGCUCAAGAGGGAUGGAGAGGGCUUGAGGCCGGGGGGGGGCAGACCUUCAUCUCCACACCCUUCCUCCUCAUCGCCACCCCCCAAGUCUCCACCGGGGUUUGGGGAGACCCCGGUUGAAGGGCAGGAACUUGGGCGGGCGCCUGGAGGCAUCACCCGUGCCCAGCUCCACCACCUUCCUGUGACCACUGGCCCUCGGUGGGGUGCGCUGAAGCUUCUUCCACCUCUUCCUCCUCCUCCUCCUCCUCCUCCUCCUCCUCCCCGAAACCCAGGUCCGUGUAGCAUCCCCCCAAGAAGGCGCCGCCGGCGGCACGGCCAGGAAGGAGACGGCGUUUUGGGCGCCACAACUCAAGGGCUAAAAUCUCCACGUUCUUCACCAGCGUCUUCAAGCACCAUCAGGUCCCAAGGACCUUCUCCUCCUGCCCCUUUUCUACAACUGGCCUUGGCUCUGGCCUUAAACCACUGCCCGGCCUCCGGGGUUGGUUUUUUAAUCCUAGAGAUUCGGGGAAAAUGUGUGUGUGUUGGGGGGGGGGGGGGCUGGGUUUGGGUUUUUUUGGGGUUUUUUGAAUUUUUUUGGGGUUUU